AUGUCGUUCCAGUUUAAAUGGCCGUGGCAAUAUGAUUUUCCACCUUUCUUUACAUUGCAACCCGUUUUGAUCACUCGUGAGAAACAGCUUGAAGCUUGGGCUAGAUUGGUGAUUGAUUACGCUCAGCACAACAAACUUUUCACUCUUGACAUCAAGGAGGCUGAGCAGGGAGAACUCUUCCACAACACAAAGCUAAACAGAAGGCUAUCACCAGAAGGAGUGAAAGCAGUCUUCGAAUAUCUCGAACAGAAGAAGCAUUUGGAGUGGAUCGAUACUGACCACUCUCGUUGUCACAUCUAUUGGAGAACACCAGAAGAGUGGGGUGCAUUGAUCUUUGAGUGGGCUCAAAGCAACGGACUUGCCAAUCAAAGUUGUACUUUGUUUGAAAUUGCACACGGUGACGAUACUGUGGCUGAAUCAUUCCACGUUUGGAGGAGUCAAAUUCUUGUCUGCAUAAUGUUAUCAAAGUCGCUUUCUCUGGCUCAGUGCAGCACAGACUCUGUUGAUAGUGCUAUUUUGGCCGAAAUAAACGGCCCUUCAUUUUUUCGCUACGCUGAUCGUAUUGAUGAGGGCGAUACUGUAAUUGUUUAUGUUUCUUUUGGUAACACUUAUCCUGUUGUUGUGAAGAGGGGAAUUACGCUAAAUAUGAAGUAUGGUGCUUUGCGUCACGAAUUUAUCAUUGGAAAGCCUUGGGGCUCUCGUGUUUCGGCUACCGCUGGCUAUGUUUGGCUUCUACGGCCAUCGUCCGAAUUGUGGACUCGCUCUCUUGCAAAGCGCACUCAAAUUAUUUACACACCGGAUAUUGGAAUGAUUUUACAACUUCUUGACAUCAAACCGGGGAGUGUAAUUUGUGAGUCGGGCACAGGCAGUGGCAGUUUGACUCAUGCGCUUGGAAUGGCCGUUUAUCCAACUGGACACAUUUACACUCAUGACAUUGAAGAGAGCCGUAUUCGCAAAAUUGAGCAAGAGUUUAAGGAACAUGGCCUUUCUUCUAUCAUGACGGCCGUUGUUCAAAAUGUUUGCGAAGAGGGCUUCUUUGUGUCGAAUGCGUGUGAUGGAGUGUUUCUUGAUGUUCCAGCACCCUGGGAAGCGAUUCCUUUUGCUGUGCAAGCUAUUUCACGCACUCGUGGCGGUCGUUUAGUGAGCUUCAGUCCAUGCAUUGAACAAGUUCAACAAACUUGCAAGGCUAUGCGAGCCGAAGGUUUUGUUCUGAUCGAAACUGUGGAAAUUGUUCCCAAGUCAUACAAGGUAACUGAGUUCCACCAGCAAUCUUUGGUCGACUUUGAUAAGAAUGGGGAUAUGGGUUCAGCUCCCUAUUUGAAAGAUCGUGCACGCAAGAGAAAGUUGGAAGCUUCUGCCUCAUCUGCAACCUCUGAAGACUCAUCGCUUUGCGCCUCAAUCACAUCGUUGACCGCCCAAGUCUUCCCUGCCAACCAGCCAACUCACACUUCAUAUAUCACUCACGCCACAAUGCUUCCGCGUCUCGAGAAGCCCGAUUCAGUCGUU